GACGGUUGUUUGGAGCAAGUCUAAAUGUGAACUUUAUUUCCAAUACCAUUUGAGGGCCAAUUGUCAAGUUCCAGUCCUCCGAUCAAGUGAUGGUUCGUAAAGGUCAGUAUUUCCGUCUCUUAUACUGCAUACAUUAAACCCAUCUUUUGUUGGGAAUUUGGUUCACUUGCGCUGAUGAUAUUCAAAUCUAAGCUAUUUAGGCCCUAAUAUAAUUAUGCUAAAUGGACUAUUCAACGGUUUAGGUUGAAAUCGUUUUGAUGGUGGUUUAAAAAGGGGUCGUUUAUUAGCCAUAACAACCAUUUUGUGGAAAAAAAAAAUCAUCAAUAAUAACCAUUUUGUGGGAAAAAAAUCAUCAAUAAUUACUUAACAUCUAAGAUACGCACAUCAUUAAAACAGAUGAAUAUAUAUAUCAGUAGAUGGGUAGUUAUAAAUUAAUGUUCGACUUUCGUAAUAGACCGGCAUGACUUUCACGCACGUAGUCCAUAGAACUUGGUGCAUACAUUAAUUGGCAGUUAAUCGAUUUGGCGAUGCAUUUGCAGCGAUUUCAAACACUGGCCGGUGGAAGAUUCUGUAAACAUUCGGGUAAAAAACUCCACAGAUGUCUCUUACUCCAUUCAAUUAACUAACGAUUAACAGAAUAGUGCACGUACUGUGUUUUGAAGCACUGACUAUUAAGUAUCUCAGCAAUAGCAAAGUACGGUUUCCAGGGCAAAUUUUUAGCUAUGUUUUAUCGCUCGCCUUCAUUCCGGUGAAUUGUGACACGCUUCUAUCUGCGCAAUAAAUAAAAGUAUACAUUGAUUGCGUUCGCUGAGUUGAUAGACACUCGUUAUCAAUAAACCUUCUAUCUAUCAAACUUGAUUUAUACGGUAUCUUGUAGGAAGUGAUCUAGUGUCUAAAGAAAAAAUACAGUACACAAUAUUUAUCUCGAAUUGUCAUCAAUUCACCGAUAGCAUGUAGAAUAUUUUAGUAUAGCAUCUAUCGUGUUGGUAAUUGAAGGUACUGUAGGCCUAAUGCAGUUUGGCUUCUAAAUGACGUUUCGUGUAAUUAAUUAAUUACCAACUACAUUGUAAUUAUGUUUGCGUAUGAUACGUUAAGAGAUAAGAAUUGGAAGUCACUCUCUCUCUCUUCGUUGAUCAACAAUGCAGUAUUUCAGUUAUUUCAAACAUGACGUGGACCUUGUGCAUUAAAACAAUGCAAUUUUCCUACACGCGAUAUAAAUAACUUUGAACUUUGCUAGUAGUGGAAACUAUGUAAGUCGGAGUAGGCAUACUUGCUUGCGCUCUAGAAUAUCAAGAUAGAACAAAACUUAAAAGGCCGUCAAAUUAUGGACUCUAUAAUGCACUCGGCAAAUACACUGGAAUAUUGUCAAAUAAAUUCAUCCGAGACGAUAAUAUGCAACGAGCAAUGCUUUAAGUUCACCAACCUCACGGAAGAUCAUCGAUAUUCCGACUGGGAUAAGACCUGUGUGUGUUACAUAUUUCCGGCAAUAUUGUUGCUCGGAAUCGUCACAAAUGUUUCGUUCAUUUUCGUUUCCUUUCGUAUUUCAUAUCUGCACACUGCUAUAAAUAACUUUCUUAUUAAUUUAUCGAUAGCGGACAUGUUGUUUUUAUCGGUAGCUGUAGGCGAAAAACUAUAUAACUAUCUUGACUUGGAUGUAUAUAGCCACACCGUAUACAAAACUAACGCUGGAUGUAUUAUCAUAUCGAUUUUGAAAAAUUCCACGUCUUUCACUGCACAGAUUAUUGUCACUUUAAUCGCUUUAGAGCGAUAUCGAGUUAUACGAUACCCGCUGCAGGCGUACACGGUAAAUUCUAGGGUAAGAGUAAGGCGACAUAACGUUUGUUCGUGGUUUGUUGCAGUGAUUCUUUCAGCGACAAUGUCCCCUGCUGUCGGGAAACAUCAAUCAUAUUGUGGGCUAUGGAUUGUGGAUCUAAAACUAAACGAUACAGAGUUUGUUAUAAUUAACAACUGUGAUGACGUGAACCAUGCAUUUGUAAUCUACUACGAGUUUAUACAGACAGUUCCUUUCUUCUUCGCCUGGACAAUUAGCAGUAUCAUACACGGGUUGACUAUCCAAGGGCUUAAGCAAAGUAUUUCAGACUCCACUCUACAUCCAAAAGGAUCAGACACACUGACUAAAGCCGGGAACCAGGUUACAUCAAUGUUAUUAAUAAACGGUAUAACUUUUUUCUUGCUUCUAGCUCCGUUCCAAAUACGCUCACUAAUGGCAAUGAUUAGACAUCUUAACGACCAUAACUAUAACGAUAGGUUUCUCAAUAUAGGUAGGUUGCUGCUGUACACGAACGCAGCCAUAAAUCCAAUAAUUUACGUUAUAAUUAAUCGGCGUUAUCGUAACGCGUACAUCCUAGCUUUUUGGCGAUGCCGUAGUAACGACAUUGACGAUAACAUCACCGGAAGAUCAUGCACAGGCCUACGCAAUCGAGAGGCUUUGAGCUCCAUAACAUUGACUAGAAUUGAAGGUAUCAAUAACUACCACUUUGACACACAUUUAUGAUGGAGCAGAAGGAGAAUAAACGUAUGUAGAAUGGAAGGUAUUAUCGCAACAAUAGUGUUAGAGACCAACAAAAUUUCCUUUCCGUUAUUGUUACUUUAAACUCUUUCAACAAUACCAUACGUGACCAUACCAUACAUGAUUCAUUUGUUUUUUGAACGAAUAUUAUUUCAUAAAAAGUAGGCGUUCAACCUAAAAUGAGUCCUUAUUAGUCUUCGUGUACACCUAUGCUUAAGACGUCCCACGGAAAGGAAGAAUGAUGUUUUUUAUCAAUGAAGAAAUAUUGUAUAUUUAUUUUUUGUAUCUUACAUGCUGUCAGGCUAAAAAAACCUAUUAUUGAAAUGUUACACAAAAAGAGAUAAAAUCGAAAACGUCCUGUGUUAUUGCUGUAUAUGCUGUGUGUAGAAGGGUUUGGUUAUAGUUUAGAUUUAUAUAUUGUAUUUAAAAUUUCAUGUGAUUUGCGCAUUAUCAGACGAACCCCCUUUGAUCAAUAAACUGUAAU